AGCGGGCAGCAUGCCGGAACAUCACCAACGGGGCAAAAAACGGAGGGCUGGGUGGUGGAGGGAGGGCACCAGAAAAUCUUGUGGGGGAUCAGAACAUCGAAGAUUCUAUCGUGCCUAGUGAAUAAAUGAAAGGAUGGCGCAGUCUGCUUGUUCAGUUUCGUUGUUCUACUAUCUCACUAAUUUGUUAUUGAUCAAUCUCUAAAUCUGCUAAAAGGAGUGGGCCAAACCUCCUCGGCGUAAUCCACGGCCGCCACUUAUCUAGAUGAAGAAGAAGCUGCUGUACUGAUGUCGGAGCUUGAAUCUGAGAAGGAGCCUAUUCCUCUUGAUCGCCCGUAUCCAAGGGUGUUGGUACCAUUUCUUCCCGGGUUAUUCGCCAUUCGCCAUAGCUGUAAAAUGCCACAAGAAACGAGUCCAAUCAACAUUGACGAGAAAACGACAUAUAACAAUUCUGUUGCGAGCGUUUCAUUUCGCUAUCAAACACUGCCAUCUAUUACGAUCCCGAUCCAAAGAACAAUUGCAUUGAAAAAGAUGAUGACUGGGUUGUUGCCCCUGUCCGUCUCACGUUUGGCGUCCCUCUCGCGAUGCGGGUUUGCAGCAGCAGCAUCUACACCUGCGGCACAAAAGAAUCUCAAUCCUGAAGAGCUCCGACUAACAUUUGCCUCCCCUGACAUGGCAUUUUACAACAAUGCCGUGCUCAAGCAAGUUGAUGUGUCUACACUUGCUGGUAUGGUCGCCGUUCUCGGCGACCAUGUCCCUACCAUCGACGUACGGGAUCAUCUUUUCCAGUGUGGACUACUGACGGUUAACUACAUUAUUGGAUGUCAACUGAGUUUUCGGAGGCUUUACCAUAAUGCUUAUCGUAUCUCAACACAAUCGUUGCUAUUGGAUGUAUGUGGACUAUCAAUGAUGGUGAUUGCCUAUGGCUCAUAUGCUCUCGAUGGGGUGGGAUUUCCGUUUCUCAAGCUUAUGGCUGAGCUUUUUCGAGGCUUUGCGCAAAUGUUCUUCAUCUUCAUGGUUUUGCUACUUGCACGAGGCCAGAAUGUGACAAAAAUGAAGUUGGCAAAGAUGGACAAUAUUUCGUUGUUUUGCCUCACAUCUUUUUUCAUCACCUCGUAUAUAGGAAUGCUGUUCUGGGAAAUCUGGGAGUUCUGA